AUGGCACCUAGCCACUGGAACAACUUCUUGGACGCGUUUGCUGUCUCGACCCAGAUCGCGAGUCCCAACUGGGCCUUCCGCACCGACCCCGACAACUGGGAAGAUCGAGAGUUGAUGGACCUCCUGGGUCAAGAGGUUGAGGCCCCUCUCGACGAAAUCAACACUCCCCUCGACCGGGUCCCACUUAUGCCCAGCCCUGAGUUCAUUGAUCCGCAUCGAACCAGCAUGGGAAAUCUCAGCCGCCUGUCAGAGCAUCUCCUUACAGGAUCCAUCGUGCCGCUGAUGGAUUACGCGUCUAUCUACAAUCUCAGCCUGACCUGCUACCGUGCUCGAGCCGUCCUGUCUCAGAACGAGAUCCUCCCAAUCCUUUUCAGGCACUGCAGCAAGGUAUUCCCCGCUCUGUAUGCUUUGAGACUCCACGACAGGGUUUCGAUCAAGGAUCUCAUCUUGGAACUUCAGUACGGCAAGUGCCGGAGCUGCGGCGAGAAUGGCACUCAUCUCUUCCUGCCCACUGUCGAACGGGUUUGCUCUAACUGCCUGCGUCACAAUCGGGCGUUUUGGCCUAUCUCGCUGCACGAUGCCAAACAGUGCUUUGGACUCGAACACCAGGAUUUUCUUGUCAUGCCUGCUUUCCGCAACACCCGAGCCGAGUUGGCUGUGGAUCACCUGGCUUUCUAUGGCUUUCCUCCUGACAUCGUGCCCAAAUAUCUCGUUGCAGUCAAGUCUGCUCUCACGCACGCGCUCAAGGUUCAUGGCUCGGUCGAAACCCUAGCCGAUUUGCAAUCAGUGGACCUCAACCGGGACUCAUCGACUCAGGACAUUGUCAAUGUCCACUUUUACCGAUACCUUCGCCGCGCCUUGCUGGGUACGCUCCCCUGUGAUCCGACCCAGGCUCCCGCUCGACCGACCCAAGAGUCGGUGAUUGCUGAGUCCUGCAGCGAGCGCAUUUACCUGGGGACAGCCAGCAUCAGCUUCCCCUACGUGCCUCGCGGGGAGGAACGGGCCGAGAAGCGCUACAAGUGCAUCGGGUGUGAAUGGGUCAUCGACCAUUUUGCUGUGUGCCCCGACCACCUCGAGUACAUGGGCAUCGCCCCCAACGCCCCUGCUCAUGUGUCCACCGGCAUCAUGGUGGGCCGGACAUUCAUCUCAUACAACAGAGAUGAGCUGUGGGAGCACUGGCGCUCGUGCCUGGGUGCUGGCUUGCGCAUGUGGCGCCGCUGGGUCCUCUCGGAACACCCAGAUGGUCUGGGCUCCGACAUCUAG